CGGUGGGCGGUUCAUGUGGGAGGUACAACAUGGCAGUAGAGCGCAGCGAGAGUAAGCUGGAAUUUGCGGUGCAGAUGAGCUGCGAGAGCUGUGCCAACGCGAUCAGGAACGCCCUGGCUGGAAUCGAUGGAAUCCAUUCGGUACAGAUCAACCUGAGUGAGGAGCAGGUCCUCAUCGACACCACACUGACCUCCGGGGAGGUGCAGGCGCUGAUCGAGGGCACGGGGAGGAGAGCAGUACUGAAAGGAAUGGGCACCAGCACCCUCCGGGACCUUGGCACUGCGGUGGCGAUGCUGGGGCCAGAGGGACCAGUCCAGGGCGUGGUGCGCUUCCUGCAGCUGUCUGAGCAGCAGUGCAUCAUCGAGGGGACCAUCGACGGCCUCAGCCCCGGCCUGCACGGGCUGCACGUCCACGAGUUUGGGGACCUCACCAACUCUUGCCUCAGCUGUGGUGGCCACUACAACCCAGGGAAGAACCGUCACGGCGGGCCGUUGGACGCCGAGCGGCAUGUCGGUGACCUGGGGAACAUCCACGCCAAUGAACUGGGGAGAGCCACCUUCCGUAUCCAAGACGACCGUCUCAAGGUCUGGGACAUCAUCGGCCGCUCGGUAGCGGUGGACAGCGGCGAGGACGACCUGGGGAGGGGAGGUCACCCUCUGUCAGAUGUCACGGGGAACUCUGGAGAGAGUUUGGUGUGUGGAAUCAUCGCUCGCUCCGCCGGACUGUUCCAGAACCCGAAGAAGAUCUGUGCGUGCGAUGGGGUGACCCUGUGGGAGGAGCGAGACCGGCCUAUUGCGGGGCCCGAUCGGAAGAAGCCAACAGAGGCGCCCGCGGCCAACCUCUGACCCCCUCGCCCUCUGCCUGACCGGAACGUCACCGGACAUUGUCCUGUCCUUGGGCAGCCGAGGCUGUGGCUGACCGAGCCUGACCCCAUCCUCCGUAUCCCACCUCCCUCCCACUGCCUUGCUCUGACCUCCAGGUACCACCUGGUCCAACCAAUCAGGAAGCAGCUCUUUCCCGAUUGGCUCACUUGGUCUGCCUUGAAGGAUAUAUUUUGCCCAGUGUUUUUUUUCUGAGGCCCCAGCCCUGUGUUUCUGGCGCCUGUUACUUCUCCACAAUUAUUCGCCCACCACCUACGGGACAUCCCAAACUGGGAUGGAUCUGCCCCCAACCCCGGGUCCAAUGAGAAGCGUCUUCUCAUUCUGGAGAAGAGCAGUGGGGAACAAGGGCCGUCCCCAUUGGCCAGCCCCUGCCGUCCAUUCCAAGCUGCGCCGGCGGUGGUAUAACUCCCAUCCAGUGCAAAGCCCUGCGUUAUUAACCCCUUGCGUGCUGGAGGUUGGGAGGGGGGUGCAGUGGGGGGGGGGGUUAACCCUUUCGGUCAGGACAUGCCUCUGUUAGUUUCUGCCGCCGCCCCCGAGGUUCAAGCUGACUGCUUUUUGUAUGAGUCCUUCCAAUAAACGAUGGUUUGAAUGCAGCCUCUUCUUCCCCCCCCCCCCCCCCCGU